AUGUGGAAGCCAUCGUUUCGGUUUCCCGCCAUGAUCGUCGCGCUUGUCUUCUUGGCCUUAUUCGUUUCUCAGACUUCCGCAGCAGGUUUUUUUUUCACUUCUAAACCUUAAUAAAUCAUUGUUUUGGGAAUUUCGAAUUUAAAAACUGUCAAUGGUACUUUUUUUUUUUAAAGAAAGUUGAAAAUUUUUUUUCGGAUUUGUGGCCUAUUAUUGGUUGGUCAACCGCUUGAAAAGUUUAAAAAGAUAAACAAAUGAGUGAAUUCAAAUUUGAAAAUUUGUUUUCAAAAGGUGAAAAAAUAAUAAAACCUCGGUUAGAGUUUUUAACAAAAUGGAUGGGUUUGAAGGCGAUUUUUUUCAGAGUUUUUUCAAGUAUGCUUCUCAAAAUUUUUUUUUUCUCAAAAUCUAGCUCAUAAAAUAGGUUGAUAUACUACCUACGGUAUAAAGACAAGUAUUUAGAAUAAAGCCAAGACAAAAAAUCAGUUAGAUAACCGGUCAUGGGAAUUAUUCCAUCUUAACAAGUGGACUCUUACCGGAACUCAGACAUAUAAAUUAAAACAAUCGGGAAGGAAAUGAUUCAUAAAAAAGCGUUUAAAACGAGAUUUUCCUUAUUUUGUCGCUAAACAGCACUUCAUAAGAUGAUACAAGAACCCUAUAAAAUCCCUUUUUUAUAAUUCAAGGGAUAGCUAUUAUCUCUAUUAGUCGGUUUAAAACUUCUUGCUCAAGAGUUUAAAGAAGCAUGAAAUAGAUUUCAAAACACUGAGCCGAUUUUCGUAUCAUUCUCGGUUCUGAGAGGUCCGUUUUUCGCAACUUGAUAGGACCGGACUUCUCUGCGCUCUCCUUGUCUCUCGGCGACUCUCUCAUAUUGACAUGCCGUUUUCACGUUUCUCUGACGUGGAGGGAACAGAGAGACGCAGACACGCGAAAAGUGUCAUUCGAACGGACUAUAAUAAGCGUGUGUGAGAAACUAAUGUGCAAGGACCAACAGGCAAAAAAUAUAAUAUUCUACGAAGUUUUUGUGAUUUUUCAGUUAAGAAAAAUCCUUUAGUUUCGGACGGAAUAUAUUCCGUUUUAAGAAAGACGAAACCGAUUUUUCGACUUUCCAUUUUUUUUUUCAGACACAUGCCCUAAAGACCCAUCGGCGCGAUCUCAAUUAGGAGUGGGACAAGCUGUCUGCUGCAACGGAUUGAUUCAGAACUUGGUGGAGACGGUCCUCGCCACGGUGGGCGACGCCGCCGAAGAAUUGGGCCUCACUCACUCUCUCACCCGCAUUGUGCAGGUUCGCGAGAAGAAAAAAACUUCUCGGCGACGCUGGACCUUCGGAAACCCACUUUUUUCAGUCGAUCCAAUCAUUCAUUCAACAGCAUUUCGGCAAAGCUUUCGAAGUUGUCAUUUCGCGCGUCGAUUUCGUCCUCAACACUCAUUACAACGGCACCCAACUCUGCAAGUUCGCGAGCAAGAACCUCCAUCUGGCGGUCUACCAGACCCCUGGCAAAGUUUCCAGCUCAAGUCUUGCACGAUUAACUAAUUUCCUUGGUUCAGUACGACAUCAACUCGGCUCGCGAGGCUUUCUUCUCCAACUUUGGCUCAAAAGACGCGUUCAGCGGAGCGAAGACCCUUGUCGGCAGCUCUUUGAGCUCCGGCGCCGCCGGCAGCUCAUUUGGAGGCAGCAGCAGCGGAUUUUUCGGAUGA